GUUGUUGGUGCACUAAUGACACUGGAUCCGCUUCUCUCUGUCGAUAACAGAGUGUUAAAGGUUUACGGUGCGAGUUGAUAAAACUCGCUCUAAUGGCUGUGGCUGCUCCGGCUCUGCAUCACCACCUACGGCUCCGCUUCUCGAACCCAAUAACACGAACAAGGCCGUCUCUUCCCGGCGGAGCAACCGCGUUCCUCACCCAUUUGCAAAUUCACCAGAACUCAGCCCGCAUCUCUCUCAUCUCCUGCUCUUCAACUUCUAAGUCCACUGAAGCCAAUACAGACACCCCCGAGUCUUGUGUGAAUUUGGGUCUCCAGCUCUUCUCCAAAGGACGGGUUAAAGAUGCUUUAGUUCAGUUUGAAACAGCACUGAGUUUGGAUCCCAACCCAAUCGAGGCCCAGGCUGCACUGUAUAACAAAGCCUGCUGUCACGCCUACAAAGGGGAAGGAAGGAAAGCUGCUGAUUGUCUACGUACCGCCUUGAGAGAAUAUGACCUCAAAUUUGGCACAAUUUUGAAUGAUCCCGACUUGGCCUCUUUCAGAGCUUUGCCUGAAUUUAAGGAAUUGCAGGAAGAGGCUAGACUAGGUGGGGAAGAUAUAGGCUACAGUUUUAGGAGAGAUCUCAAACUCAUUAGUGAAGUCCAAGCACCAUUCCGUGGGAUUAGGAGAUUCUUUUAUGUAGCAUUCUCUGCAGCUGCAGGAAUCUCAACGUUCUUUACUGUACCCCGGCUGUUCCGUGCAUUUCAAGGUGGUGAUGAUGCCCCUGAUCUCUGGGAAACUGCUGGCAAUGUUGCCGUUAAUGUUGGAGGUCUUAUUGUUCUUGUGGCAUUGUUUUUAUGGGAAAACAAGAAGGAGGAGGAACAACUUUCACAAAUAUCUCGCGAUGAAAAUCUAUCAAGAUUGCCAUUGCGCCUCUCCACCAACCGGGUUGUUGAGCUUGUGCAGUUGCGAGACACUGUUAGGCCUGUUAUUUUGGCAGGGAAGAAGGAGACUGUUGCCUUAAGUAUCCAGCAGGCAGCAAGAUUUCGAACCGAGCUCCUGAGAAGAGGUGUUCUUUUAGUUCCUGUCAUCUGGGAUGAAGUUAAGGUACCUCAAAUAGAGAAGAAAGGCUUCGGUACACCUUCAAAGGCAGCUGCUGCUCUUCCUUCUAUUGGGGAAGAUUUCGAGAAACGAACUCAGUCUAUAACUGCAAAGUCAAAGUUAAAAGCUGAAAUCCGAUUCAGGGCUGAGGUUGAAUCCCCUGGAGAAUGGGAAAGGUGGAUAAAGGAUCAGCAAAAGUCCGAAGGAGUUGCUCCUGGAGAGGAUGUCUACAUUAUACUGCGCCUAGAUGGUCGAGUUCGAAGAUCAGGGAAAGGCAUGCCGGACUGGCAACAAAUUGUGCAGGAGCUGCCACCAAUAGAAGCAUUACUUAGUAAACUCGAAAGAUAGGAGAGUUUUUAUGGAUGCCUCUGUUAGGCAAUCAUCUGGUUCUUACACUUCCCAACCCCCAUAAGAUUUCCUUCAACUUCAUCCCUUUCGGGUCAUUUUGUAUUACUAAUACGUCUGCAGACGCACAAUUCAUGUACAUUCCACUGAUGUAUUGUAAAUUUUACCACGAACAGUGAAUUUUAGACGGGUGGAAAUAUAUUUCGAUUUUUUAUUAUAUACAACGCAGUUUCUUGGU